CUUCGGGAUUACGUACGGAAAGCUUUCGGGAUGAUUGGCUACUAAAGGAUUGUGUGGCGUGCUUGGCCAGGGCUCUAAACGCAGUAGAGUAUCCAGCUGUCAUGCGAUCGGCAACACACGCACUGGAUGUACCAAAAGCAGCCUCAGCAGAUUGCCUUCAUACCGGGGUUCGAAUUUCCUCUGCCCCGACCAUUUGUUAUUACUCACUGGGAUCGAGCGCGCUAGAGUCCCCAGCCGGUGUCUCUCUCUUCAAAGUCCAACCCAGCCUGCCAAUCUAAAGCGGUUUUUAUCGAGCCCUCUGUACAUCGAGCAGAAUCAUCCACCUUGCUUCUGCAGCCGUGAUCUUGCGGGGCGUGGAGGAUAACUGGUCCCCGUGGAAUAAUGAGACGAGGCGGGUGUCGAUCUUCGUAGUCUGAGUCAGUGUUUGGAGUUUCAUGGUUCGUGAGAUAAGCUUUCAGUUUUAAUUUAUGAUGUAUCCAUACGUUAGCCUAGCGCAAAGGUUAUCUGCUGUUGUUACUGUACUAGUACUGCUGUGGUCGUCGCAAUGCUGGGCACAACAGGUUAUCGCCAAAUGCUGGCUGUUCUCGCCUGACGUGAACGAAGCGAGUAUCAAUGUCGAGAUGUCCACGAUGAACCGAGGUGACAGGAGUGACGCAGCCACAGGGGGACAACUGUGGAGCGUCUCGGCGAAAGUGACGUGGGCAAGACCACCAACCCUUGGCGUUGAUGGCGCUUAUGCAGUCAGCGUGGUUCGGAUGCCAUCGUUUCAGCCACCCAAAUUAUGCCAAAUAGAGACCACAGAAACUGUUGUCACGCCAGAGGAGUUUGUGUUCAAUGGAUUGGACUUCGGGUUUCUGUACGAGUUCAGGAUAUUUGUAGUCAACCGCACAGCUCUCUCGAAGUCUCUGGUCGUAGUAGCGAAGGGAUUCGGUACAUCUGACUGCUUUCAGGCAACAGGGGACAAAGGAUUUUGCCGAACUGCUGAGGUACAGUUUGCUGGAUCACCCAUCGAGCCUCGCAUAGACGCCCUCUGCCGGAAGCAGGCAAACAGCUCUACAAUCAAGGCCCAGGUAUCCUGGGAACCACCCAUACAAAUACAAGGAUUCGUUACGGCGUACAAGAUGCAAUAUUCACAAGCGGGUGCUCCGGCCGGAACCCUUCCGGAGGUGACAACGGCAAUGCCCGAUAUAUCCGAAGGGGGAAGGGUUCACAGUGAGCUGUUUGAUUUGGCAACUGGGACGUCUUACACACUGCUGAUUUCAGCAUUUGUAGUCCAAGAUGGCGGUUUCAAUGAGGGAUUAGGAGUUGAGCUUCACUUUCAGACCACGGGCGCGCUGACGUCUUUCUCUAUCUGCAUGGAUCUUCCGACUACCCUUGCACCACCCACUCCACCUGAGAAAGUAACCCCCAAGCCACCACCAGUCAAACAACCGACCACUCCUAGUCCCGGGAACUUGAACAUAAUAAAUGCCACUGUGAUGACCAAGGACGUGCUGACCGGCACCAUGGCCGAACAACCGACGAGCGGCACGGAGACAACUCGCCUCCCAGAUGUGACGACACGGUCGACGACCAAAGACCAUGUGGGGGAGAAGGCGGUGUCUUCGUCGAAGACGGCGGGGAUCGCUGUGGCUGCCUGCCUGGUAUCAAUAGGUAUAAUCUGUGCUGCGGUCCUGUUCGUAUUGCAUCUCUUGAAGGAGAGGACGACGAAAGAGGCUGCGAUCAGACCAGACACGAAGGGUGCGCAGAAAGGGACUAAGACGACGACUUCACCCGCCUAAAAUAUUAAAAAGAGCAAUCAUUUUUGUGCAUCCUACAACGAACCAUAGAGCCAUUCAGUUGCAUUCACCAUAGAGCUAUUCACGCCCAUGGUAUAUAAUAAAGGGGCAAAACAAGUGGUUACAGACUACAUGAAUUACAAUCACAAAGUUGUGGGUUCGAAUCCGGCCAAGCUAACCGCUGAUUUCACAAUCAUAUGAUAAGAUUGAGUAUUGUCGUCUAGUUAUUGAGUCACACUGUAAAUUGUAUCCUUCAUUGUGAUAGACGUUAAACCAAAAUGUGUAUGUGAGAGAUUGGCUGUUAGCACUUAUUUCCCCUUGUGUGCAUCAUGUUCCCUUUUGGUGAAGAUCAUCUUAACAAACACCCCCAUCAAAGAACGUGUCCUGAUGUUUAAUGUACUGUAUACGUUUUCAGUGAUGUUCCAGCACACAGUUCGCCAAAUGAGGGACCGAAUCUCCUGCCACGCCGACAGUAAAAAAAACAUGUAGUAAAAUUUGUGGUAGUUGGUGAUGAAUUUUGAUAAUUAUGACAAAUUUACACCUUGUAUUAUCUUUCGACGCAAGGAUAGAUAUUAAUGUUACACAUUCUUGCGUGUUGUAGUAAUUUUAUCAAACACGUCUAAAAUGUUGGUUAAUCAGAGAAAGUAUAUAAUUUGUAAAUAGCUUUAAGAUUGCACGUGGGGUAUUGUUGUAAAUUUUGAUUUCCAUUUCUGUAUUAAUCACACACACAAAAACAAUUAUUGUAUAUAAAAAGCAAUUUAAAAGACACGACAUAAUGUCUACGCAAUGAAAUUAAAAGCUGCAAGGCAUGUAGAGACGAGGACUAUACAGACAACAGAUGGUUAUAAGAAGAACCACAAAAUGACAACCAAGAAAUAGACAAAGAUCCAGAGGCAGUCAGAAGAAAAGAUGUAGGGAUGAUACAUCAAAGCUGGCGAGGGGGGGGGGGGGGGGACACAAACCUAUAGACCGUUAUAUUGCAACGUCACAGCCUGAGUUUUUGCCAACAAGUGUUGGGAGAACUACGGUUAGCGAUACAUUCGAUGGUAACUACACAUAAUAUGCAAAAAUAGUGCUGGCUUUGAGGCAAUUUACAGGCAACCAGUUCCAGGAAAUCUCCCAAGAAGAGAUUCAUAUUUGAAUGUUUUCAUAAUUUCCGUUGGAAUCGCAAGCCAGCGUUUGACAAAAAUACUACAUGUAGUGUGCUACCGAAGUGGUAAUGUCGCAUGCACUGCAGCUGUUUGCCUCCAAGAAGUUGCCUGGAAAAGUUGCCUUGUAUGGCAAGACGUAGAAGAUGGCGGCAAGAUGACGUUUGUAUCGAUCGUCAACAAGAAGUCAACGGAAAAGUAUACAUCUUCGACGCCAACCACUAGUACUAAUGAUUGGUAUCGAAGAUACUUUCACCUUGAUAACCGUUUUCGUCAUUUGGGCGAAAUUUACAACCGACUAAGACAAAAUGUAAAAGAAAACUUGCGUAAAACGUGUCAUUCCAUUUUCAUACAAGGCAACACAUAUCUUCAUAAUAUUAGUCACAAUCAUGUCUGCUAAUUAAGGAGUGAUGGAUUCAUCACAUCGUCAUUGCAGCCUGUCUGGACAGGUGGCGAGUCUAACACACUCCAAGGAUCUCUCUAUAAGAUGACAAGCUCAACCAACACAGGAGUGAUACCUCUGCGUGAUUUACUACGGGCAAUUUUAUUACGGAUAUUAAAAAUAUUUGCGCGUCGGUGCGUCCGUUCUUAUUGAUUAAACUUGUUACAUUUUGAUGUAUCAUAAGGCGAUAUUGUGAUGUUAUCUAAUUAUACUUUCUUUAAUUUCCUUUUGUGCAUUUUGCCGUGCAGUAUAAUAUUUGAAGAUGGUGUCUAUACAUGUGUAUGAAAAGUAGGUUUAUGGGGUAUGUAUACUUUUGGUAAUGAUUCUGAACAUUGAUGGCAGUUACUGUGGUAAGAGUCUUUUGGUAUUUAAAUCCCUUUUAUACAAGUUUUCACUUCGAUGUUGGCCUACUGUGGUUGUGGAAAAAGAUAUCACUUUUUAUCCCCAAAAUGUUAAAUCUGAAAAGCGUGAAAGCGGAAUUUUUUCACAGAUAGUGUAUUCCAAUUGCAGAUUUUUUCUUCAUGUGUGUAUAACCACCCGCUCAUGAUUUUUGGUAAUAUCACGAAAACGAUACCACAUUUAAACUCAAACUUUCACAGGUUAGUUUUGUGGCAUAAUAUCUAUACAGCUACAUAUGAUUAUAGGAUUGAAGUAGACAUUUGGUUCCAAUUAACAAACGUAUACAAUCCCUUUAAAGUUCAAAGUAAACAUACCCUGGCGAUGUGGCAAUGUCUUGCAAAACUAAAAACACUUUUGAGGAAGCAGUCCUCUUUUAUACAUUUUGGACUAGUCGUAAUGUUUGUGCUUUUUGAAAUAUAGUAUUUGAAGAUGGUGUUUUUAUCAAAAAUAGAUAACUUUUUCAAAUUCAAAAGGGUAACACUAUAGUGGCACUGUCUUGAAAAUGACACUAAGGGCAGACACUUUGAACAGAUCAUCAUUUUUGUUCAGAUGAAGUAUUCAUUCAUCAUAUUAUAUUUUUUAAGUUUAUUUGUAACUUUUGUAAAUAUUUGUUUUGUGAAAUGUAUACCAGCAUUGGACGAUCCAUGUCUGUUAGAAUUUAAUGAGUCGGUUGAAUACAAGUCUAAAAUCAAAGAUGCUAUAUUAGAUUUUUGGCCCCAAACAU